AUGAGCGAUUCUCCCCAGCCCUCAGAUGACGCGGACGCCAAAGCACCAUUCCCGAGUCUGCAAUCCGUGCCGGAAGCGGAGGAGCUCACGCCCCCGAAGAUCAAGCAGAUCGUCGACCUGCGCGAUACCAGCCACGCCGACUUAGCCAGCAUGGGCUUCACCGACAGCCACUACGACGCCGCCGUCGCGUCGGGUUCUGUUUCGCUUGUGGAUCUGGGCGACGAGCCGCAGCAACAGCAACUGGCCUCACGCUCGAGACUCCCGUCGUAUGCGUCCUCUUCUGGAGACGGAUACUCGUUGGAGGGGGAUUUACACGGGAUUAAUGAGCAAUUACAGCGCGUCCUUGCCUUCUGUGACACCCAGCGAGAGAACCCGCUCCGGCUGCAGGCCAAGAUCAACGACCUCCGGGAACAGUUGCGUCAGGCCAUCGCCGAGAAGAACUACUGGAUGAAGCGCUGCAAAGAUCUCACGGGUCACCAUCCCCCUGCUGCGGAGGUCGCCAAGGUGGACCUGCAGUGUGUUAAAAGCCGUCCGCGUAAGCGCACCAACUCGGAGCUGAUCCUGAUUGCGAACACGUGGGCGCAACCUGGUCGCGACGGCAUCUACAGCGAGGACACCUCGAGCGUCGUGGAGAGUGAUGCCUCGUCGACCUAUAGUGAGGCUGAGCUUGUGGACGACGGUGCCGUGCCCCGCUCGUGCUUCCGGCUGCUACAGUGCUCUGAUGAGCAGUGCGAGGUAUUCACGCCUAUGAAUCGCAGUAUCCGAACGCAGCACCGCUCGCGCAACAACGUCCAGCUUAUGUGGGACGAGCCGCCCAAGACUGUGCUAAUUGUUAAGAAACCCAACGAACCCGAUACAACCGAGAUGCUAGACGGGCUGACUUCAUGGUUGCACAAGGAGAAGAACAUCGACGUCUACUUAGAACCGAGUGUACACGAAGAGCUUGGAUUGCCCAACACCAAGACGUGGGGCAGCAAGCCGCAGGACUGGAUCGAGUGUCAGAGUAAAAUUGAUUUUGUGAUCUCGCUGGGUGGUGACGGGACAGUGCUGUGGGUCUCUUCCCUCUUCAGCAAGAGUGUGCCGCCUGUAUUCUCGCUGGCCAUGGGCUCGCUGGGCUUUCUGACGCCGUUUGAUGCCGAGGAUGCUGUGGAACAUCUCACAAGUGUCAUCAACGGGGGCUUCUACAUGUCCCUGCGCUCGCGUUUAUCAUGCUCCAUCUACCGUGGCUGUAAGGAACGUGAGAUAAGUGGAAACUUGCACGCGCUCAACGAAAUUGUGAUCGACCGAGGCCCGUCGGGUGCUCUUGUGGAGCUCAACUGCUACUGUGAUGGUCUGGAGAUCACCAAGAUCGCUGCUGACGGCAUUAUCAUCGCCACCCCGACGGGCUCCACUGCCUACUCGUUGUCGGCCGGCGGGUCAAUGGCGCAUCCUUCGGUGCCUUCGAUGUUAUUCACGCCGAUCUGCCCGCACACAUUGAGCUUCCGACCUCUGAUCUUCCACGAUAGUGCUACCCUGAAGAUUGAGUUCCCCACUACGAGUCGUUCGUCGGCAUGCUACGUGUCUUUUGAUGGCAAGAACCGCGUGCGUCUGGAACGGGGUGACAGUAUUGUUGUCCGUGUGUCGUCCUACCCGCUGCCUUCGAUUUGUCGCGUGAACGAGAACCAGGACUGGUUCGAAUCAAUGAUCACCAACCUCAACUGGAACCAGCGCCGCGCUCAGAAGCCUUGGCAACCGCCUGUCACUAGCAAAAUUUAGACAGCCUAGCCUGCCUGCUUGUGCAUGACGUCUCGGUGUACGAUGGCGAAGUAAAGAUUGAUGUCGUUGCAUGCUCCGUGGACUUGCGCUUCAGUGCUUGCACCGCCGACCUUGCACGUGCUUUUUACU